AUGAGCGAGAGGCCGAAGAGGAACAGCAAGACCCCGACGAGGUUCAACCCGGAGGCGGCGGUGGAGAAGGCCGACAAGGCCGAGAAGAAGAAGAAGGUCCCCGUCAAGAAGACCAGGGCCACCAAGAAGGGCAAGAAGGAGAAGGACCCCAACGCUCCUAAGCGCGCCAAGACCGCCUACAUCAUCUUCGCCACCGAGGAGAGGCCACGAGCGAAGGCGGACAACCCCGAGCUCGGCUUCGGCGAUCUCACAAAGUGCGUGUCCGACAAAUGGAAGGCCUUGUCGGAUGAUGAGAAGGCGCCCUACCUCGAAAAGGCUGCCCAGGAUAAGGAGAGGUAUGCGGACGAGGUCUCCAAGUACAACAAGAGCAAGUCUGACGAUUCCGGCAAGUCGGAAGAUGGCUCUGAUGAAGAGGAUGAUGGUGACGAGUAA